CCUCAACCACCCCGCCAUGCCUCCACGAUUACCACUCCCGCUUCCGCGGGUCCUUUCCACCGCGCUCCGGCAAUACCUGCGACACACACCGCCACCCACGCCGCGAUGCGUCCUCCCCGUCCUCUUCACGCGCACGUAUGCGGGCGGCCGCGGCCGCGGCGGCAGUAAAACGAAAGCGGCGCCGGUUACGCCGAACCCGAAGCUGACGCGCGUUGCGGACGAGGCGAUCGGCGCGCUGACGGUCAACUACGUUGACGCGGACGGUCAAUUCCACGAGGACGUGAACCUGCGGAAGAUACUCGCGUCGAUCGACCGCGAGGUGUACACGCUAGUCUGCGUGAACCCGCAGGCCGACGCCGACCAGCCGCGGCUCUGCAAAGUCCUCACCAAGGCGUCGAUCGAGGAGUACGAUAAGAAUAGCUUCAAGGCGGAUAGAGAGAAGAGGAAGUUGAAGCGAGAGACGAGCCCCCAGAAUGUGCUCAAGGAGGUCGAGUUCUCUUGGGCGAUCAGUGAGCAUGAUCUCGGGCAUCGCAUGAGGAAGGUCCAGGAGUUCAUGGAGAAAGGGUUUAGAGUGGCUAUCUCGUUGGGCACGAAGAGGGGGAUGAUGAAGCAGCCGCUGGGGACGAUGGUGGAGCUGCUAAGUAAAAUUAGGGAGACGUGUGAGCAGUGGGGGAAGGAGUGUAAGGCGCCUGAGGGGGCCAUCGGAAUGAGGUACACCAUGUUGUUUGAGGGGAGGAAGCUGCAGAAGGAGGAAACCGUCGAAGGCGAAGAUGGGGUUGUGGAGGAGGGGAGCGUCGAAGGCAACAGAGAUCAGGUUGUGGAUGAGGUUGUGGAUGAGGUUUUCAAAGACGAGCAGGAGGCGGAUUCUCGAGAUGGGGAGGAAUGGGCGAACGAUCAGUCGCCAGGAAAGUACAAUCCAAGCGGUUAGACAACGAUAUCACGCAUGUAAAUACUCUCGAAUGCUGUAUACUACAAUCACACGGUCUCAC